GUCUAUGGCAUCUUACAGCAGCCCCUCUGGCAUUUGCCAGAACCCGCAGAUUGCCAGUCCAGUCAUAGUGUGGUAAUUUUACUACAAUACUACACAGUAAAACAUUUUCUUUCUCUCUCUCUUUCUUUCUCUAGCGAGUUAUUUUUUCCCUUUCUGUGUUCAGCUUUAACAUAAAGUGUUGUGUAAUGACUGAUUGAUGUAAAUUAUUGCAGCCAUUUCCUAUGCUUUUCAGAAGUUUCUUAGAGUUUUGGAAGUGGAACUAUGAGACAGGACGCUGAAAUGUUCCAUAGUAGCUUCAGUGUGUUGAAACAAUGGAGAUACUUGCUGUCAGUCCUCAUUUGCACAUUAGAGGUUGGCUUAUCCCAAGUAUCCAUUUCUAUAAUACCCUUGAGGCCAGCUGUGGGAGACACUGUAUUUCUAGUCGUGGACUACAAAAGGGAGAUCUUAAACAUCAACUGGUACCGUGGCAGAGGAACCGCUGACAGAAUAAAUAUCCUAACAUUUUCCCCUGGAUCAGAGUUUGACCCAACACCUGGCCCACAAUACACUGGGAGAGAGAAAGUCCUGGAUAAUGGAACCCUAAAAAUAUCAGAUCUAAUGACCAACUACAGUGGAGCCUACACUCUGCAGCUCACUAUUCCAGAUGGCCAUUCAAUAGACACAGUGGAACUUACUGUAGAAUUCCUCAUUUGCAUUCAGAUGAAAAUGACUUUAUCAGAAUUAACCAUCACAAUAAAUCCACCAAAGCCAAUUUCGGGACAGACUGUUUUUCUACAAUUUUACUAUCCUGGGGAAAUCUUUAUCAUCAACUGGUACAGAGGCAGUGGGACAGCUGUUAAAAGGAAUAUCCUGACAUAUUCUCCUGGAUUUGAUCCGACACCUGGUGACCAAUACACUUGGAGAGAGAAAAUAGUGGACAAUGGAACGCUAGAAAUAUCCAACAUAAUCACCAAUUACAGUGGAAGCUACACUCUGCAAAUCAGUACUCCAAAUGGCCUACAGAGUGGUACCACUGAGCUUACAGUAGUGUCUGGAAUUGGAAAUAAAGACAAUGUGCCAGAAGAUACCAGCAUAUCAACCAGUAUUGCUUUUCUUUCUCUUACUACCACUGCCAAAUCUAUACAAGACAUAGGGCAAACAUAUAGCACUCUUUAUGUGCUAAUCAUUACAACUGUAACUGUCAUUGUCAUUGUCAUUGGUAUCCUGGUAUUUGGGAUUAUAAUAUGGAAAAAAAGAAAGCAACGAUCAUUAAAUGAACCAGUCUAUGAAGAUGAACCCAGAACUGAAAGAGAAAUGGAGACGAGGAGGUCCAUGGGGGAAACAAUACAGCCUUCUGAAUAUCUGGACAAUAAUAUGGUUGUGUAUGAAGAAGUCACUUUCACGAACAAUAGUGUGGUGCCUAACAAUGCAGAAAACCCUUACACAGACCUUACAUAUAUUCAAUUGAGCAGUGAUUACCAAGAUUUGAGAAGACUUAACCAGUGAUAUUGACCUCUUCGAAUAUAUUUACUCCUGCAAGCAACAAUGUUUUUCCAAGUUUUUGGAACUUACACUAUCCAUAAAAAAAUCUCGUUAUGCUUUGUUAACAGGUUCGAUAAUUGCAAAAUGUAAGAGCACACACCUAAUAUUAAAGCAAAAAUGAAGGGUUGCAGGGACACAGGAGAAAACCUAUUCAGUUACUCCAAUACCAAACAAGAAAAAAGCAAAAAGUAUCUGCACACUCAAAAGUAAAUAAAAAGAAACAUUUAUUAGAUAAAAAAAAGCACAUUACAAAAAUUAUAGCCCUAUAAUUUUUGUAAUGUGCUUUUGUAUCUAAUAAUUUUUUCUUUUUAUUUACUUUUGAGUGUGCAGAUACUUUUUGCUUUUUUCUUGUUAACUGGGUCGGACUGGGGGGAUGCAGGGCUCACUGAAGCUGCCACCUGGGGUUCCACACCCUCCAAGGGGCCCCUGCUCUGGCCUCCCUGGCCGCCCGCACACCCACAGAUCCUUCAACACACCUAAGGUAAGAAUAAAGAACGAGCACUCGGGGGAAGGAGAUCUCUGGCCCAAGGGAUCGUUGGCGGGGAUCAGUUCCUGGUACCCCUCCGGCCAUGUUUGUUGAGUGUCCUCCAAGCAUUCCCUUGCACCUUGCCUAUCUAGCUGUCAGAUGCAUUAAUCUAUUGCAGGAUCCUCUGAAUACAAAACAAAAGUGUAAUGCUACAAAGCAGCAUUUUUGCCAUUUUAGAGUGUGCCUGUAAUUAUGCAUAACUUUUGCAGUAUCUGAUAUAACUUACUAUUUUAUAUCCUUAUAAGAGAAUGAAUAGUUUUAACGCUCUUUCUCAUUUGUCAUUGUGGAUGGUUACAUAGCAGUUUUAAUUAUCACUUUCACUUGUUGCUAUAGCUAUAGCUUUAUAUUAUUGUUUAUUCAAAGUUAUUUUUUUUACAUCCUACAUUGUACAUGUAAAGUCAUUGCAGUUUUAUUUUAAAAGUUUCAUUUGAUUUUAGCUCUGCAGAAUUAAAAAAAAUUCUAAUACAGGUAUGGGAGCUGUUAUCCAGAAUGCUCUGAACCUGGGAUUUUCCGGAUAAAAGGUCUUUCUGUACUUUGGAUCUCCAUAUCCCAAGUCUACUAAAAAUAAUUUAAACAUUACAUAAACCCAAUAGGAUUGUUUUUUUGUGCCUCCAAUAAGGAUUUUUAUAUUUUAGUUGGGAUCAAGUACAAGGUACUGUUUUAUUAUUACAGAGAAAAAGAAAAUCAUUUUUAGAAUUUGAUUAUUUGCUUAAAAUUGAGUCCAUGGGAGAUUCCCUUCCCAGAAUUUGGAGCUUCUGGAUAACAUAUUUCUUAUCUGUAGUUUCUUCCUCUUUAUAUAAAUGAGCACGGAUUAAAAAAUGUAAUGAUCAUGAGUUUUAUUAUUUUUAUUGUGCAAAAGUUAUAUUUUUUUAAAUAAAAUAAUUAUAAAAUUAAAGAUACUGUGGAUGCUAAAAAAGUGACAUGAAUGUAUCUAUGUAUUUAUAUUGUCUUUAUCUGUAUAUCACUAUUGUGUAGGUAACAUUUCUACAAUACACAAGCAGGGGAACAAACACUGAAAUAGAUAAAAAGAAAUACAAUAACAAGUAUCAUAUUACAAGCUCCAUACAGGAAAUAGACAAAUAGAAUGGUAAAUAGUGCUGUUAUUAAUUAUAAUUUUGGCAACGCCAAAUGGUAGGACUUAUGUUUACUUUUGUAUUUAGAGGUAGGGAGCAGGUAGGGAGAGAAAUGUUUAAGAUUGAAGAUGGCAAUCGAUGAGGUUGGUAUGAAAAAUAAUGAAGAAUAACAAAUACCAUCUUACAGGAAAAAUACUUUGUCCCAACUUUUUAAAAUGGAUAAAAAGACCAUUUUUACCAAAAAGGGCACAUACCACAUAAAAAUGGUAUCCUCCACCAAAGGUGUGGGCUAACAGAGCCUGCACUUCAGACCGUGCAGAUACUAGAUGGUUUUUACCUUACAUUUAUCACAAAUGGACAAUAGAUGGGACACUAAUUUAUUAAUAAUCUGGUAUUUCUUCCUGGAGAAAGAAUCCACCCAGAGAACCAUGCUUUAUGGGAAACAUACCACUUGCCUAAAGCCGUACCCUUGGGAAGUAAACCUCAGGGAGGUGGUAAUAAGUGACAGCCCUCAAGUUGACUGCUUGAUAGUAAAGAGAUUACAUAAGUACCCCCAGACCUCUGCAAAGUUGUUUUCAGUAUAAUUUAAGAUUAGGUAUCCUGGUGUUUGCACCAAAAAAGGUUAGCAAAUAUUUUUACAGGUCCGCUAGUACCUUAGUGGGAACAUGAACAGGGAGAGUUUUUUAAUAAUAGAGUUGUGUUGGUAGUCAGAACAUUUUAACUGCAUAUAUCCUGCAUGAAAUGGAACACAGGUUUGGGAUCCAAUAUCCAGAAAGCUCCAAAUUACUGGAUAACCAUCUCCUAUA